AUGGAGUAUGAUCAUACAUCGGAUUUACAUCAGGAUUUUUUAAAUUUACUUGAAAAUUCCGAGGAUUAUAAUGUGAAGUUUGAGAUUGGAAAAGAACCAAACAUUAAGGAAUUUGAAGCACAUUCUAUUAUAUUAUCUGCUAGGUCAACUUAUUUUCAGAGAACAAUUUCAAAAUAUUGGAAUGAAGAAAAGGAGGUUCUCGUUUUCAAAAAGCCAAACAUUUCCCCUUUGAUAUUCGAAAUCCUUUUAAAGUAUAUUUAUACAGGAACACUUUCUGUGGAUGAUGAAGCUAGUUUUGCUGACGUUAUCGUUGCAGCGGACGAAUUUGAAUUACAGACCCUUGUACAACAACUUGAAAAGCAUUUAAUUCAAAAUGAAUCAGCAUGGCAACUACCAAAAGAUUUUAUCACAAUUUGUCAACACAAACAAUUUCCUAAUUUAGUCAGAGGUCGAUUUAAGAGUAUUCUUCCAAGUGGAUUGGACGCUGAGGUUGUUCGAUAUUUUCUGAAUUUAAACGCUAAUCCUUCAUUCAACGUUUUAAAACCAAGGGUAUCAGAUUAUCCAUUUGAUUCCAAGAUCGUUAAUGCCAAGGACGCGGCUUUAAUAUCGAGUUGGAUCGAUGAUAAACAGGAGAACCCCUAUCAUUUUAAUGAUUUACCUUACGAGUUUAAGCUUAUUUACCGUGCAAGUAGUGAGGGUUUUAGCGUUAAUAAUUUUCAUAACAAUUGUGAUGAUAAGGGUCCAACGGUGGUUGUCAUUAAGGUUCGCAAUUCGAAGGAAAUAAUCGGUGGAUACAAUCCGUUAGGAUGGCGCAGCAUCAAAACAGAAAAUGUGAGAAGCUACCUAUUAUCUUAUAAUGAUGAGCUUUAUUCAAAUCAUAAAUGCGAGACAUCAAGUAGUUUUAUAUUUUCACUAACAAAUCGAGAAAAACCUAUAUUAAGCAAAGUUUCUUCCAAAGAUGGAGCGAUCAUGUGGAGUAAAAGGAAAGGACCGUGCUUUUCGAAAGACCUAUGCAUUUACGAUGGUUCUUCGUCGGAAUCUUCGUAUAUUUACACGGGGGUACUUUCCAUAAAGAACGAUGAUAUUAACCUCGUUGAUAUCAUUAUCGCAGCGGAUGACUUGGGAUUACCAAGAGUUAGUCAACAACUUGAACCAUUUUUACUUCAAAAUGAAACGGCUUGGAACCUUCCAAAAGAUUUUCUUGCAAUCUGCAAACACAAUCGAUUUCCCGAUUUGGAUCAAUUUAAAAAUAUAAUUCCUAAUGGUCUAGAUUAUGAAAUCAUUCAACAUUUCUUAAAUCCAAACUUCAAUCGAUCGUUCAAAGAUUUACCAUUAAGGGCGUCAAGCUAUUCUUUUGAUUCCAACAUUAUUCAUGCCAAGGAUGCAGCCAUGAUAGCAAGUUGGAUUGAUGUUUCUUCUAAACGCGAAGCUAUCCUUUGCGAUACAAGCAGAGGUCCACGCUUUGGUUUGAAAGAUUUAUGCAUUAAUGAUGUUCUUUCACGGGAAGGAAUUUCUCAUGGCAUUAUCGUUGGUACAAGUAAACUACAUUCUUAUGAAAAAAAAAUUAUUCAUGACGAAACCUUUGAGAUAGAGGAGUAUGAAGUAUUUCAAAUUAUUGAUACGGUUUCUGAAUUAAUGCGUACAAUAUAUAUUUAUACGGGAUUACUCACUGUUGAUAACAAGACUAGUCUAGUUGAUCUUCUUAUCGCAGCGGAUGACUUUGGAUUACCAAAAGUUUUUCAACAACUUGAAACUCAUUUACUUAAAAAUGCAUCAGCCUGGAAAUUUCCAAAAGACCUUCUUACAAUUCGUCAACACGAUCGAUUCUCUAAUUUAAAUGACGAGAAAAGUCAUCUAUUAUCACCUAGUUACUCUUUAUACAAAACAUCAAAUAGUUUUAUAUUUUCAUUAACUAAUAGAGCGAUUCCUAUAUUGAGCCGAGUUUCUUCUGAAAAUGAAGCUAUCCUUUGCAGUAAUAGCAAAGGACCAUGCUUUGGUUUGAAAGAUUUAUGCGUUACCCAUUCUCUUAGUAAUAUUGUCGGUAUAAGUAGGCAAUAUUCUUAUGAAAAGAAAAUUAUUAAUAACGAAACUUUUGAAAUUGAGGAAUACGAAGUAUUUCAAAUUCUUGAUAAGAGAUCUGACUCAUUAUAA